AUGUCUACUCCAUUUAAUCUGACUCCAUUGGAUCAUCAACUCCUAGCCAUGACAGAUGAUGAAUUCAUCCCUCAUGACUGGGACAAUCUACGAGAUAUUAUCGCACGGAACGAUCUCGGAGCUUUAAAGCGGAAGCCUUCCGAUCUACGCCGGUAUCUCGCGUGGUCUGCUGAGACGAAGGCUCAGUAUGGUUCGAUGAUGAACUAUAUUUGUUUACAGCGAUUGAAAUGGCCACUCCCGUCUGCAUUGUCGGGCACUGUGCCUGCACCGGAUACACAUGAUCUACCGAAUGGCUCCGGGUCCUCGGGCCCCGGUGGAGUCCUAACCUUUAACAACCCGCGGCCAUUUGCCGACCCUUCUGAUUACCGAAUUCUGCGCAAUGACUGGCCUUACGGCAUGGAAUCCGGCAUUUCUCAUCUGGUUGUGUGGUUACGAACGCCUAUUCCUGUGGAGUCGGAUGAAGGGCAUUUGACGAGUGAAUCUCGGGCGUUGAUAAAUGAUUUUGUACAGCGUAGGUUUGUUAAACGGUUGGCCGAGGAUAAGGCUGGGCGGUUCAUCACUCCCGAGGCGCAUGUGUUGUGGUUCAAAAAUUGGGUUGGUUUGCAGAGUGUACGUGCGUUAGAGCAUGUUCAUGUUCUGGUUCGAGAUAUACCCGAGGAUAUCCUAGAGGAAUGGUCGGGGGAAUCUAGAUAG